UCAUGUAAAACUUGGGAAUAGAUACACACCCAUUAGACUGCAGAGUACAUUCGCUUGGAAGCUGUCUUGAAACAAAAUCGACAACUUGGAAACUGAAACUUGGAAGGAAGCAAAUUAAGUCAGAACCAAAUAUGACAUCUAACAUAUUAAUGGAUUUUCUGAAAAUACCAGAAAAAUAUCACUGUGUGCAGCAAUUCAACCAGAGUGUCAUCUUUGCUUCACAAAGAACCAAAGAAUAUAUUGGAUUCAAGGACCCUGAGUCCAAACUGAAGAUAAAUAAUUCAAUGUUGACUGAUAUUUUCCUGAUGACCUACAUUAACCGAAGCAUUCAGUGUAAGCUGACAGAAUCAAUCAGUUGUACAAAGAUGACGGAGGAGCAGACAAUCCUUUUGGGCACAGAUUGGGUUUGGGCGGUGCAGGAUACAUCUUCCAAAAACCCCAAGGUGCAGAUUGCAGUGCAAGCCAUUCACAUGGAGAGCAAAGAAGACCAGGCGAUGAAGAUGAGAUUUCAGGUGACUGAGUCCUUGAAGCUGGCAAGGCAAGAGACAAUCAACAAAACUGACCCUGAGAAAUUCAGUGAUUUCUGUUCAUCCAUCGGGAAAGACUGUUACGGGCUCUUUCUUUUCUUUGGGUGCAAGGGUGACCCAAAGUCCAUCUGUGGCAUCCUGAGCAAUGACUUCCACACACAUUUGGGAAAUGGUCAGGAGGUUGACAACACUUACCUACUAGAUUGCAUUGAGAAGGCUAAGACCUUUGUAACUCCAGGAAAAAUGUUGGAGCUGAUCCUUCAGAAAGAAGGUGUCCCAGACAACUUAAAGCCAAUCUAUGUCAAGUUUACACAAUAAGCUGCACCAGCAGACCACUUUUCAUAGUGUUCAAAAACUUUCCAACAAGAUGGGGCAAAUCUUUUCUUUAUCAUUUGAGGAAACAGAACUUUCCAACAUAGCACUCCACUGCUUCUCGAAAUUUCUUCGCAUCUAUGCGUGGUGUUCACAUCAAUUAAUUCCUAUAAACGAUGGGAG